AUGACGGACUCCGAUGUUGAAGCACGCGUGCAAAUCGCAAAGAAGUCGAUGUGGCAGUCAAUCUUUGCUAACCCUAAAGUCCUCUUCAUUGCCUUCUUUGCUUCAUUCGGUGGUUUUGAAUAUGGCUACCAGCAAGGUGUUCUCGGCCAAUCUCUGGUCAUGACCCGCUUCAAAGAGAACUUCCCCACCGUGGUCGCUUCAUCGACAUCAACGGGCUGGUUGACCUCAAUUCUCCAAUUGGGUGGUGUUGUCGGUUCCCUUUCCGCCGGUAUCUUGGGCGAGAUCUUCUCGCGCAAGUACACCAUGUUUUUCGCCUGUUGCUGGGUCAUCCUCGGCAGUUACAUCUAUAUCGGUGCGACUGCCGGCAACCCCUCUCUCCUGUACGCUGGUCGCUUUUUCACCGGUAUCGGUGUUGGACUUUUCAGCGGUGUUGGACCCUUGUACAACGCCGAACUGGCAGCGCCCGAGAUGCGUGGACUGCUGGUUUCCUUCUAUCAAUUUGCGACUAUUCUCGGUAUCAUGAUUUCUUUCUGGGUCGGUUACGGAAGUAACAACAUUGGCGGUACCGGCGAAACUCAGACCGAUCUAGCUUGGCGCUUGCCCUCAAUCAUCCAGGGUAUUCCAGCUGUCUGCCUUGCGUGCGGAAUCUGGCUCAUGCCUUUCUCGCCCAGAUGGCUGGUCAAGCAGGGUCGUGAUCAAGAGGCUCAGGAUACACUUGCUUGGAUGCGCAAACUCCCCGUUGAGCACGAGCUCGUUCAGGUCGAGUAUCUUGAAAUCAAAGCCGAGGCCCUCUUUGAGCAACGUGCUUUCGCGAUCGCGUCUCCCAAGCUUGCGGAUCGCGAGAAGAAGAGCGUUAUCAUGAACCAGGUUGCUCAGUACGCCAACUGCUUCCGAACCAUGGAUAACUUCAAGCGUGUCUGUAUCGCCUGGUUGGUGAUGUUCUUCCAGCAGUGGAGUGGUGUUGAUGCCAGUAAGUUUGCCAAUCAUAUCUCAGAAUUACGCCAGUGCUAA